AUGGAGACCUUAGAGAAUCGACGGAGGUCAGCAGGCUCGUCCCCCGGGGGCGAGGCUGCUGACGCUCUUGAUGGGGAGACGGCCUUGAGUCAGAAUCCAGCAGAGGCUGAGGCUAGAGGAGCAGUCGUGGCGAGCCCCUUUCACUCAGAACGAGUCCGUGACGAAAUUGAUCUGCUGAAUGCCAGGCCUGAGAGCUUGGACAGAGAUGCAGCUUUGGUGGCGGGCCGUGGAGAGGAGGUGGCGAUUCCUCCAGACCUUGGUGAGGCCGCAGCGGCGCAACAAGACUUGGAACCACCGUAUUCUACAGUGGCCCGCGUAUCUGUAGAAGAAGGAGAAGGUAGCAGACAUCAGCAAGAAUCGCCUUCGGACGGCUCUAAGCCGACUCGUGGGGCAACAGUCCUUAGUUUUUCUGGUGGUGCACCACCUAUGAACUCCGAGGUGGAUCCACAUGUGACCGCUGCGCAGGAGCCAGACGAACCGGAAUUACUGCUGGAUGCGCCGGCGGGUUUUCAACAGGAGGAUCAGACAGCUCGAAUGGCCGGGCUAGUGGAGCUCUUGAUCGCGCAGAACCGAAUGUUGCAGCGGAAGCUGGAUGGUCGUGACCCAGGGUCAAGCGGACGAUCGCUGCAAACUGCUGUUGAGGAGUUCGUUCAGGCAGAUCCAUCUCCGUAUUCGUUUAGGAGGCAUGACGUUCGCAAGUGGAGCCGAGGGAGGGUUAGGAGCCAUGCUGCGGGGAAUCUCGGGUAUCCAGUGAGCCCGGGUGGAACAGUGAUCCGACCCCCUCCGGGGCCUCCGCCGGGAACGCCGCCGGCUCCGAUGGCAGGUUUUGCCCCACACGUAGGUGCAGGGUAUCAUCCGUCAACCCCGGUAGCAGCCCCCGAGAGACCCGAAGAACCAGCGAAAUACAUUUCGGAGUUGCCGAAACUUGGGCAGCCCGACUUGAAGACUAGCGCGGUGAUGGCAGGGAACUGGCUGGCGCAAGUCAGACAGGUGCUCUUAGGCCUUAGUCCCACUGCUCCAGACUGGUGGGGAGCGGUUGAGGCAGCGGCGACCAACCAGUACAAUCGGUGGCUCAUGUCCGAGCCCAUCGAUCGACUUGCGUUGGAUCCAGGAGUCAUCAGAGCCAACUUUGAUCGCAUUCGCUAUCAGAGGGUAGAAUCCCGAGCGGUCUCACUCAUCCUAGCAUCGAUCCCGCAAAACUUGCGCGAUGAGGCAGUGAGCAACCGUUGGCUUUCAUCUGAGGCGCUGAUUUUUCGCAUCCAGUGUGUGUACCAACCGGGAGGGGCGAGUGAACGGUCCAUGUUACUGUCCUUUGUGGUAGCUCCUGAUGCCAUGAAGCAGCUGAGCCAAGCCUGUACCAUUCUUAGGAAGUGGCAGCAGUGGAUCCUGCGCAUCCAGGAGUUGCGCGCCAGCCUGCCAGACGCAAGCUUGCUGCUCCGCGGCAUCGAUCAAGCUGCAGCGGAUUUGCUUACAGAGCAUCCGGCCAUUGCCUUCCGAGUUAACUCCUUCCGUCAUCGGGUUUCAAUCGACCACAACCCGACAGUUGGCACUGUUUGCCAGUUGGUCCGUCUGCUCCAGGCCGAGUUUGAGGCGGCGGCCUUGACUGCGGGGGAGUCGGCGGAAAAGAAGGCCAAGUUGGUGAUCCACCCGUCUCGACCGUCGCCCGAGGUGACAGUCGAGAACGGGUCCCCAACAGUGGCCGAGCAGGAUGCGUACCAGUUGCUGAAAGAUUACGAAGAUCUCCAAUGCAAGCGUGCCAAGAUUGAAGCGGAGGCUUCAGUACUUGCGAAGGCACUCGGCGCAUCGAUCCAAGAUCCUCAAGGUUGGUUAAAGGACACGCUCACCAGAGGUAAGCUAGGUCCCGAGGCGAGGCUUGCGUGGUUGAGGAGCGUGUUUUCCAAGGUUGCGGAUGACGAUCUGGUGUCCGCAAGUGGAAUCUGUAGCACACAUGCCAGUCGUUGGAAUCGCAGAUGGCGGCGAAGCAUGGAGCGUGCGACUUGUGUGAUGGUCAGGUUGGGAUUGAAAGCCCGAGGCGAUUUUCAGGUUGCGGGGCCAGUGCAGGUGGUGAGCUGUAGCACGGAGCGCGAAACUGACAUUUGUGAGGAUAGUGUCUUUGCGUCCUUGUUAGAGCUAGCGGAGCAGGGACGGAUAGGAGGGUUUGUCGGGGCCUUCGAAGACCAGGAUGGUAAAGGAAUAAUCAGGUUCCUUCGGCUGUCCCUUCUGCACGCAGUAGCAAGCGCAUCCGAUCGUAUGUUCAAUGCCAGCUGUCCAGUCUUCUUCGCGGUUACGCAGUCCGCCGUCGGUGCCAGGGAUCUGGGUACACUCGAGACACCUUCUUUCUGGGAUUCCUCAGAAGUGCGCUCGUGGGUUGAGUUGAAUGACGGAUACCAAGCCCGGUUUGACAAGGGAAGUUUUGGAGCGAAUGUCAUAGGGCCUAGUGUCAUGUUGACCAAUUCUUGGUUCCUAUGGGAGGAGCUGCAUGAAGUGCUAAGCGAAGGACUCGCCCCCAAUGUUACCAGGUUUGGGUGGGACCGCCUUAGGGCGAAUGCUCAACCGGUUUGGCCGCCGGGCAUGUGGAAUUCAGUGCGCACGGCACUUGAAGAUUGGGCCAAGGGUCCAGAAACUUUCAGUCCGCGCGAGGUGGCUGAUAGGCAGCAGUUCCUGUUGGGAAAGGUGCAAACAUAUGCUGAGCAUGCUGCGCUUGACCAUUUUCCAUGGAGGAAGGGCUGUGCGAUCUGUUGGAGAGGAGCAGCGCGCCAGCGUAAGCAUCCUCGCCAGGAGGAUAAAUCCAUGUUCACCCUGUCUUGUGACAUUGCGGGUCCCUUCCGUCGCGGAGUGGACUUAGAGCAAGCACCUGCGUACUUCAUUGUUGGAGCCAUUGCUAUUCCAGCCCUUGAGGAGGAUCAAGAUCCAAUCGAGGGGUGCAUUGAUGAGGAAGCAGACCGCAUCUUCGACCCAGGACUAGAGGUUCCGGGGGAGGUCGUAGAGGUUCCUAGGGGCAGAGGUUUCAGGGCGCCUUUUCCGACCAAGGAUCUGCGUUUGGACGGGUACCAAGGAAGUGACCUAGCUGAGGAGUUAGACCCAGAGCCUCCUUCGCCGAGCUUCAGCGAGCUGGGGAUUGAUGAUGCCGGGGAACUUCGUGAGAACUUAGAAGAUCCAGUUGAGGACCCGCCACCGCUUCCACCGCCGCUUGAAAGUCCGCGAACAGCUGAUAAUCCAGAGAGUCAGUGCGUCGGGAAGGAAACCCCGAGUCAUCCCAAAAUGCCACACAAGACCCUUAUCCUCGCACAGCCCAUCGUGAGUCGCACGGAGGCAGCGGCAUUGCAAGGCCUCCAAGCCAUGUUCGCGCAAUGUCGAUCUGCCGGUAUUCCUGUGUACAGGAUGUUGUCGGACCGCGCAGUGGAGCUCAGAGGUGCCAGAACCAAGCAGUGGCUCUUAGCCCAAGGGGUUGAGCCAUACUUGACGGCUGGGGAAGAUUCAGCAGCGAAUGGCAGGGCUGAGUCGGCGAUAGGAUGUCCACAACUUCGGUUGCUGCCGUUUGGUGCAAGGGUAGAGGCUCGUGACAGGUCUUGGCGCAUGCCGGAUCAGCAGUGGUCACCGCGCACAGAGCUGCUGGUGACAAACACUGUACAUUUGACACCCGAUUCGGAGCCAACUGGCCCAGAUCAUGCGGAGGUGGUGGAGGAUGGCGACGGUGUCGUGGAUCGUUGGAAUCAGAUGCGGGCGCAAUUCACUUAUGAAGAAGGUGAGGUUGAUUUUUCUCAGCACGUCGAUGAAGGGGUGUGGGAUCGUUUCCGUAUCCCGAAUGUUGGGGAAGAUGUUCCAGUGCAACAAUUUCUCCCGGUAGCCCUGUACUUAGACCGUAACCGAGACUGGACUGAGGAUAAUGAAGUCGUUUUCGUCGACCAAGAUGGUGACAUAGAUCCUACUGUCAUCGCGAGAGUGGUAGAGUCUGAAGUAGUGCGGAUCAGAGGCGGCGGUGAGGUAUGGGCGUUCACAAUAACCAGCCUUCUGCACGGAUAUCCACCUGAGGACAAUCCUGUAGUGAUCCUGAUACGAGUGACUCAGGCGCUACAUGUUAUUGCAGAGCACGAAAACCGCGGCAGAGGGUUGCAGCCUCCAGGAGGCGUGGAGCCCCAAGGUCCCCGGAUAGCAGCAAUUGCAGUGCAACAGUCGGAGCAUGUUGGGCCUGGAGAGGUGGCUUUGCUUAAAGCACCAGUCAACAGCACCCGCCAAGGGGCGCAUCAUGAGCGUCAGCUGCCUGUGGGGCGGCCCCCAAACGCCCCCCGGUUUGGCCAAUCCAAACCGGGAGCCACUUGUGGUGUCCUGGAUACUGCGUAUGAGCUGGAACUUACUUCAUCCAGCGAUGUGGGUCUUACGCCCAGGGAGACAAAGCUUGUUUGCUCAAGGCCCCGCGAGCUUUCGGAUCAGUGGGAACAGUUUACAAUCCGAGUGCGGGCGGCAAUUGCGCGCGAGGACUUCACUGACGAAACUUGUCUGCAGCUUCUAAGCGAGGCUCCUUGGCCAUCGUCUAAGACAAGGGUCCGAAAGGUCAAAGACGAGAGCCAAGAAUCGUCGAUCUAUGCAACGUUCGGAGUCUAUGCUUACGGGGGUGUAGUUGGGAUGUCGGUGUUGACCCAGAUGUGUCCAGAGUUCUGUGUGUAUGUAAACCGGUUCUUAAAAUUGCGGCUUCCGAGUCAAAGCACCUGGGCAGCACUCACCAUCACAAGGAAUGUUGCUACGCGCAUGCACAAGGAUGGUUCAAAUGCGGAGGGCCAUCAAGUUGAGCCGUGGGAAGGGACCCGGUGGUCCAUUAUUGCAUACACUCCUCGUGGAUUCUUUGAUCAUGCGGCCGGCCUCAAGCCGGAGCUGGAGCAAGCUGGAUUCCCUACACCAGGGGCUCGCAUUCCGAGCGACAACGGCAAUCCGCCUGAUGGCAUCAGAAAUGGUAAGAUUAGCAAGGAUCCAAACCCCGGCUCUCAGCUCGAAGGACCAACCGCAAGGCUUUCAAGUUGGAGAACUUCUCCGGGUGAUCAGCCGGACGGAGGCGAAGCCAACCCUCAGUGGGAAGUAGCUCGGGAUGUGGUGCCCUUGAGCCCGGAGGAGCGGGAAUCGUUGUGUCAACAACAUGCUCUUCUCUCUAUUGAACUUGAGUUCCUUGAGGCCUUGCUGCCCAGUCAAGUUCAGUACCCUUCAGGGGCCUCCGCCAUCACAGACACAUGGGCUAGGAUAGAAGGGUGGAUGAGUGAGCUUGAAGAAAUCCUUUGGAAGGAACCUUCGUGGGAUAGUUCACUCGAUGGGGUUCGCCGGGCGUGCGCAAUCAGCGCCCCCGUAGGGCCUUCAGAUGGAAUUCACCGGGCGUGCGCACUCAGCGCCCCCGUACAAUCAACAGAGACCGUUCACCCCCGAGUCAUCCACGAAGCAGCUCUCGGCGAUGAGCCGGAGGAGCCUUUGGAAUUCCUGCAUACCCGUACCAUCGCCCUUGAAGAAGUAAGAGCCACCCUGGCAGAAUGGAAGGAAGCCAUACAGGCUGAAGUAACAUCUCUGUUUGAAAAGGGGGCUGUGGUAGCCAUCACACCUCAAACUGUGCAAUCAUGGGUGCGUGAGGGACAUCCUGUACAAGUUCUUCCAGGGAAGGGAGUUUUCACUCGGAAGAAGGGGUAUGGCAAAAGAAAGGUGAGAGGGGUUGUGUGCGGAAAUCACCUCGCGCCGGACUCUAAUCCAGAGCAUUCGAGCAGAGCACAGCAACGAGCCGAUCUUUACGCCGGCGGUUGUGAAUCGGUGACAGUCAGGGCACUCUUGAGAAAAGCCGCUGCUUCGAAGUGGCGCGUGGGAUCUCUUGACGUAUCCACAGCAUUUCUAAAUGCACCCUUGAAUCCAGAACGCCCACACUACAUAGUAGUUCGUCCUCCGAAGGUGUUCAUAGAUGCGGGGGUCGUGCCAGAGUCGCAGCUCUGGCAUGUGCAGAAGGCUCUGUACGGAUUGGCCUCGAGUCCAGCCGAUUGGCAGUCACACCGCAAUGAGCGGAUGUCCAAGAUGUCAUGGAUGUUCGAGGGUGAGACGUAUCGCUUCCGGCAAUCAAAAUCGGAGCCGAACUUGUGGAAGGUCGUGAACUCAGUCGGAGCUGUCCAUGCCUUGGCGGCGUGGUAUGUAGAUGACCUUCUAGCGGCAGGGCCAGAGGGACUCCUACGGAGCGCACUAGAGUGCGUUCAGAAGGAGUGGAAGACUUCCCUUCCUGAGUUUGCGCAUGAAUGUGGCAAUGAACCUCUGAAGUUCUGUGGUUUCGAGAUCUUUCAAGACACGGGGUUCAACAUUCACUUAAACCAAGCGAGCUACAUCCGAGAGCUUGUUGACAGGCACGCUGUAGAAGGAACUGCUGUAGCCCCUUGUCCGUCAAACUCAGCACUUGGUUCCGAGGAGCAUGUGCCUGAAAACGCCGACGCACUCCGACGAGCGCAGGGCCUGACCGGUGAGGUCCUCUGGCUGGCAACGAGAAGCCGGCCGGACAUCGGAUAUGCUGUAUCACGCAUGGCAUCGGCAGUUACCCGCAAUCCGGAAGCCGUUGUGGCAGACGGCAUGCACCUUCUGAAGUCCUUCCAUGCAAUGACUCUGUUGUGGGGUGGGGGUGCCAUUGCCUGGGACUGUGGAAAGCAACCGCUAGUCACGCUCUCGUCUACUGAUAUCCAAGAGGAUGAUGUGAGCCGGGUGCUGUAUGGCGACUCACUCACUGGAGUCAACCUUGUCAGAUCCCCGGGAGGGUCAUGGCGCAAUAGGUACCAGGGUCAAAGCCCUGUUGCCGUUGUGGUCGAUGGGACCUUCCGCUGGUCCAUGUUCCCUGGAGUCUUCGAAGGAAGAGAGAAGGGAGGAUACUUUGCCAGUGCAGUCCACGAGUAG